UUCACUGUCCUUUUUCAGAUUCUGCGUGUUCUGUUUCAAUAAUUUCUCUCUCUCUCUCUCUCUCUCUCGAUAAGACUGAGUGAUAUAUACCCUGAAAUCUGAAACCCACAAACCCAUACGCUGUCUUUGCUUGCUGUUUCCUUGCGGGACUUUUUUUCAUCAAACAGGAAACAUGAUUAGAUUAUUUAAAGUGAAAGAAAAACAGAGGGAAUUGGCUGAGAGUGCCAACGGGAAGCCAGCUGGAAAGAAGCAGAGUGCUGGAGAAUUACGUCUUCACAAAGAUAUCAGUGAGCUAAAUUUGCCAAAAACAUGCAGCAUAAGAUUCCCCAACGGAAAGGAUGACCUAAUGAACUUUGAAGUUACCAUUAGCCCUGAUGAAGGCUAUUAUCAGGGUGGAACAUUUGUUUUCACAUUCCAAAUUUCUCCUGUCUAUCCUCAUGAAGCGCCAAAGGUUAAAUGCAGGACGAAGGUCUACCAUCCCAAUAUCGACUUGGAAGGAAAUGUUUGCCUAAACAUUCUUCGAGAAGAUUGGAAACCGGUGCUGAACAUAAACACCAUCAUUUAUGGACUGUAUCACCUUUUCACGGAACCAAAUCAUGAGGAUCCUCUCAACCAUGAUGCUGCUGCAGUGUUAAGAGACAACCCGAAAAUGUUUGAAUCCAAUGUCAGGAGAGCAAUGGCCGGCGGUUAUGUCGGGCAGACUUUCUUCCCUCGCUGCAAAUGAUUUGCAGCACUGCUUUUAUCGUCAGUUGCCAAUUUGGUUGAAACUGAAACUGAUAUAAACUCAGAACACUGUACAUUGCAAUGCUCAUCGAUCUGCAGAUUUCUGCAGCGAAAAAUCGAGGGGGCAUUCAAAUAUCAAAGAAGUUGAUGUAAACUAAAAAAACCCUCCAGGCUAUUUGUGCAUUAUUACUCUGUGCUCUAUUUUGGCAUGUGCAUUGUGAGCCAUGUUUGAAAUUGAAACCUUUUGUUGGUUCA